CAUCCGACGCCCAGGACCACAGACCUCCAAGCACCUUAAAUCAGAAUCCUUCUUUCGAAGAGGACCCAGCCAAAAUAAUUAGGGGUUUGUCUUCAAACAGCCAGCAGCCAGAAAGCCAAAAACGCAAUCCUGGAGCGAGCGAGGGUGUCCAUGGGAGGGGCAGAAGAAUGCCUAGGGAAGAAACCAGUGCACCAUCUGCAGGCAAGAGGGUCAUUGGGAAAUGGAAUGCCCACAGGCCCCACGCCCGACACACCCCACCCCCACAGGCUGGGAACAAUAAGAUUUCUCAAAAAUUAUUUCUUCUCAUCUCUGUUCUUGCUCAAAGACUGUUGUAGCAAAAAAAGCAACUGAACAGACUGUUUUUUUUUAAAAAAUCAUGCAAGUAACAGGACAUCAGCUCCGCCCCCCCCCCCUUGUGCCAGGCGCUUGGAGGUAGCUUCAGAGCGUUAUCUCUUGGCUGCUAUCCCUAGAGGAAAAUGCUGCAUUCUCGCCAACCAGCUACCCUGAACCUCACACUUUCUGGAUUUACAGUUCAGCCACAUAAACCCAGAAGGCCAAGAGUUACCCACCCCCCUGCCCCAAGCACUAACCUGGAAGAGUGAUUUCUUAAAAGCAAGUGAAUGCUUUCUGUGAACUUUGUCAAGUUUUUCUUUUUAAGGUGCAAUUUUACUCUGAAAGGAGCUGCGGCAUAGGAAUUGAUAUUUUGAGGAAUUUGAAACUUUGCCAGAAGCAAGGAGCGCAUUGUUCUUUCUACAGACACUGGCAAAUGAACUGAAAUUUGCAACAUGGCUUAAAGCUCUGAAACUUAGUGCACAGAGAAAAAGACUUUUAAAAAUCUCAGCUGGCAAAACUUAACCCAAGGAACAAAACUGUUAACCCCUUGCGAAGUUUCCUGCCAAGCAUACCCUUUUGAGUUAAUAUACCUUGUGUGUGAAUGUUAUCUAUCAAUUUGUUCUACGCAGUCGCUGCCGUGUCUGUUUUUCUCUUCUCUUGACAGGUAAACUGGCCAGAGGCUGUCCUGUUUAUCUACAGCUGUUAAAGUCACCGGCAUCUGUGACACCUGAUCUACACCGCCCACCAGAGGACCCAGACGCCCAGACAUCGCUCCAGCAUUGUUGGAAGAGACCCUAGAUGCCCAACGUCCACCAGACGACCCGACGCCCACCAGACUACAGCCCUGCUCACGUCACUCCGGACGCUGACGCUUGGCACGGCUCCAGAACCAGCGUGGAUUGAAAGAGCACAUUUUCACAUUUUCUUUUCUUUCCUUUUGCAUAACUGAACUUUAUUGAAGGUACCUGGGCCUGGUUUGCUUUACGCCACCCCUGCAGAGGAGGGUGUCAAGUGGGUCUUUUCUUUCAGCGUAAUUACACCCCAGCCCACUCUCUAGCACUUGCCUAAGCCCCUCCCCGUGCAUACAAUGGCUCAAAUACGACUGUGGGUCCCCGUGCUGGUAUUUCUGCUGCCUUUGACCUUUGAAAUGCCAAUACCACUCACAGUGACCAGACAACUGCUGCAAUCGUGGAGGGCCCACCACACAUAUAAUAAGUGGAUUCAGGUUGCUGAGAUGGUUGCAUUCUCUGCAAAUCAGACCAAUUGUGCCGUCUGCACUCUGGCCCCUGUAGACGCUCUGGGAGGAAUGCCACUCCUCCCUGUGCCUGCCUUCCAGCCUCUGGGCAACCAUUCUUCUUUAUGGAAUCAUUCCGUCCCUUUCCAGGUUCACAGGAUCACUGGCUGCCUUUGUGUCAACAAAUCAAAUGACGCAAGUGACGCUCAGACCUAUGUGGGCACUUCCCACUGUGAUCGUACCUUCCCAGCCCCAACUAACAUGUUUGAGUCCGAGACAGGAACCUUUUCUGGUUCCAAUUUGACUACAUGCCUGGCCCGCUUGCUGACAGGCACCAUAUCUGCCCAUGGUCAGGACGUUUACUGGGUGUGUGGCAGGAAGGCCUAUCAUGCCCUCCCAAGAGGAUGGUAUGGGGUCUGCUUUCCAGCCUACUUAAUACCCCCCAUGUGGAUUCCUGACCAGAUUCCCUCUGCACCCCCUAGAAGGAGGCGUUCAGCUGACCUGGCAACACUUGCAGGUGGCAGCUCCCAGAAUUGGGGCAAAAAUCAGUGGCCUCCGGAAAGGAUACUGGCCCAUUAUGCUCCAGCCUCAUGGAAUCGGCGAGAGAAAAUCUCUGGGGCAAGGGGGCCGAUCUAUAACUUGAACCGCGUAAUCAGACUCCAGGCAGUGGUAGAGAUUGUUGCUAACACGACAGCCACAGCCCUUAGGCUAAUUGCCACGCAAUUGGAUGAGACACGCAAUGCAUUUCUCUCAGUCCGAUUAGCGUUGGACUUUCUCCUGGCGCAACAUGGCGGCUUUUGUAAGUGUUAAAUCUCACAGGUGGGGCCUGUUGCUUUAACAUCUCUGAUCAUGGUGAGGCCAUUCGCAAUUUGGCAGCAGGACUUGAAACAGUGGCCCAUAUUCCUACCCAAACCUGGGAGGGAUGGGACAUGUCAUGGCUUGACUGGUUGCCAAACCUAGGAUGGG